AUGAUGCUUGUUCGACUUUUGUUUUUUUUCGCACUUUGUGCAUUGGCGCUCGGCAACUACUAUCAACCGAAAAAGUGCUACGUGAAAAAGGUUAGUCCCAAGUACUACAGCGACUACCGUUAUAGCCAAAAAUAUACAUAUGGACAUGGUACAAACAAACCACACGGAAAAUAUUGCCGAAGUUCACAUUUCGCGCCCGCAAAUGGAAGAUAUUGUCCAAAUCACAAACAUUAUCCUGGGUAUUAUUACAAAUCUUGCCCCGACCAAUUGUGUUAUACUGCUUUGUUCUUCGCAACCAGCAGAUGUCAUGGCAAUGUGAAGCUAUCUAAAGCGUUCUACUAUAGAGCAAAAGAAUGCAACUAUUAUUAUGGAAAAUCUUGCCAAACUUUUGGUUUCAAUCGUCAACCACACGGCAGAUAUAAACGAGGCUCAGGUAGCUAUGAAUCGGAUUCAUUCCCCCAUGGAUCGAAUUCAGCCAGCUAUGAACCGUCAUCAGUUCCCCAUGGAUCGAAUUCAGGUAGCUAUGAACCGUCAUCAGUUCCCCAUGGAUCGAAUUCCGGUAGCUAUAAACCGUCAUCAGUUCCCCAUGGAUCGAAUUCAGGUAGCUAUGAACCGUCAUCAGUUCCCCAUGGAUCGAAUUCGGGUAGCUAUGAACCGUCAUCAGUUCCCCAUGGAUCGAAUUCAGGUAGCUAUGAACCGUCAUCAGUUCCCCAUGGAUCGAAUUCAGGUAGCUAUGAACCGUCAUCAGUUCCCCAUGGAUCGAAUUCAGGUAGCUAUGAACCGUCAUCAGUUCCCCAUGGAUCGAAUUCAGGUAGCUAUGAACCGUCAUCAGUUCCCCAUGGAUCGAAUUCGGGUAGCUAUGAACCGUCAUCAGUUCCCCAUGGAUCGAAUUCGGGUAGCUAUGAACCGUCAUCAUACCCCCAUGGAUCGAAUUCAGGUAGCUAUGGACGGUCAUCAGUUCCCCAUGGAUCGUCAUCAGUUCCCCAUGGAUCGAGUUCAGGUAGCUAUGGACCGUCAUCAGUUCCCCAUGGAUAUCCUGGUAGUAAAUGCUAUUGUUAUACAAGAAAGUGCACAUAUAAGUUUGUAGCAUGCUAUGAACACGAAGGCCACCACUACGAGGACACCGUAAAAGUACAGGUGCCUUGCGGAUGUUCCUGCUACAAAGGAUCCAACCACUGGAGAUAGAUUCUAUAUCAUCACAAUUCAAUACUAUGAAACUGGAAAAUAUAUUGAAAAAAAAUUUGAUAAAAACCAAUUAUGUAUUUUUUCAUGAGAGCUUUAGUAUUAUCAUCACCUAUUACUAAUUCAUGCAUAUGAUUAAAAUGAUUUUAAGAUUUCGAAGAUUCGUUCAUUGCCUCUGCUUGCUAUAUUGUAUUUGAAUGGAUAAUAUUUAUCAGGAUGAUAGUCUAACGUAACGUUUUUAUUGUCGACAUAUUGAAUAACUCAGUAUUAACAAGUGCAAGUG